AUGGGUCGAUGGAUUGAUUUUCGACGAGACUAUAAAAGAAUGUAUCCAUGGUUUAUGAAAUCAGUUUGGUGUAUUUUUAAACAAUUAUAUGAAAAAGGUUUUGUUUACCGAGGUUUUAAAGUAAUGCCUUACCCAAUAGGUUGUUGUACUCCACUAUCAAAUUUUGAAGUUGGUCAAAAUUAUAUAGAUGUUGAUGAUUCAGCUGUUCGGGUAUCAUUUCCACUUGUUGAUGAACCAACAGUUAAACUUGUUGCUUUAAGAACAACACCAUAG